AAAUACAUCAACAAUUUAAUGAUGAAGACUUAAUUCAGGCUGCUACAGAAAUUGAACAUAUAGAAAAUAAAAUUGAGAUACAACCUUUAACCAGAAAGGAACAGUUGGAAAUUUUGCGUAGUGCUCUGAGAAUUAUUGAUGAGAGAAUUGAUGAUG